AUGAGCGCCCCGACGACGACGACCGACAGCAGCAUGACGUCCAAGGACUACUACUUUGACUCGUACUCGCACUUUGGCAUCCAUGAGGAGAUGCUCAAGGACGCGGUGCGGACCAAGACGUACAUGAACGCGAUCUUGCAGAACGGCCACCUCUUCAAGGACAAGGUCGUGCUCGACGUCGGCUGCGGCACGGGCAUCCUCUCCAUGUUUGCGGCCAAGGCCGGCGCCGCGCACGUCUACGGCAUCGACUGCUCCGGCAUCAUCACGCAGGCCAAGCAGAUUGUGCACGACAAUGGCUUCUCGGACCGCAUUACGCUCAUCAAGGGCAAGGUCGAGGAAGUCGAGCUGCCCGUGCAGCACGUCGACAUAAUCAUUUCCGAGUGGAUGGGCUACUUCCUCCUCUACGAGUCGAUGCUCGACACGGUGCUCUACGCGCGCGACAAGUGGCUCGUCCCCGGCGGCCUUCUCUUCCCGGACAAGGCCGUCUUGUACGUGGCCGCCAUCGAAGACGGCCAGUACAAGUCGGAGAAGAUCGAGUUCUGGGACAAUGUCUAUGGCUUUGACAUGAGCUGCAUCAAGAAGAUCGCGAUGACCGAGCCGCUGGUCGACACGGUCGAAGGCGACGCGAUCGUCUCGAACGUCUGCCCGAUCCUCGACAUUGACCUGGCGACCGUCAAGAAGGAAGACCUCGCGUUCAAGUCGCCGUUCUCGGUCGUCUGCGCGCGCAAGGAUUUCUGCCACGCGCUCGUCGCGUACUUUGACUGCGCGUUCACGCACUGCCACAAGCCGAUUGCGUUCUCGACGGGCCCGCGGGCCAAGUACACGCAUUGGAAGCAAACCGUGUUUUACCUCUCGCAGCCGCUGACCGUGCGCGCCGGCGACGUCAUCGAAGGCACGCUGAGCUGCGUGCCCAACGCCGCCAACCCGCGCGACCUCGACAUUGAGAUUGACGUGCACUUUGACGGCGCCAGCAGCUUCCACGAAAAGCACACGUACUACCUGCGAUAA